ACAAAGCGCCAUGGCCGAGCCCGCCCCCGCCCCCGCCCCCGCGCAGGCCCAGGAAUCGGACAUGGCGACCUCACGCUCCUCGCCCUUGGUGCCGCCCACUCUUUCCCAGCAGGAAACCCUGCUCCGAUCGGCCACGGUCUCCCCACAAGGACUACCAUCUGCUGUCCCCCUGGAAACUCCCUUCCUCCCCCGGGCUGCACCCAAAGGACUCCUGCUCCGAUCUCUGGCCAGUUCUGAGGGAGAAGAAACCCCUCUCCCGAUGCCUCUUGUUUUCCCCAGAGAGACUCUGCCCCCCUCACCUCCUCCUCCUGAGCGAGGGAGCCCACCCCAGACACCCCCCGUUCUCCUCAAGGAGCCUCCGCUCCUCUCCCCGGCCCCCCGAGAACCAGAAACCGUGCUCCCAUCCCGCCCGCUUCUUCCUCAAGGAGCCCCCCGCCCCACCCCCCGGAUUCCCGAUCCCCGGCCCCCCGCCCCGCCCCCGAAGGAAUCGCCCCUCCAGGCGGCCGAGAUCUCCCUGCUGGCCGUGGUGGCCGCCGUGCAGGCCGUGGAGCGCAAGGUGGAGGCCCAGGCCGUGCGGUUGCUGAGCCUGGAGGGCCGGGCCGGCUCGGCGGAGAAGAAGCUGGCCGACUGCGAGAAGACGGCGGUGGACUUCGCCAACCACUUGGAGGGCAAGUGGGCCGUGCUGGGCACUCUGCUGCAGGAGUACGGGCUCCUGCAGAGGAGGCUGGAGAACAUGGAGAACCUGCUGAAGAACAGGAACUUCUGGAUCCUCCGCCUCCCUCCGGGCAGCAACGGCGAGGUCCCCAAGGUGCCGGUGACGUUUGACGACGUGGCGGUCCAUUUCUCGGAGCAGGAGUGGGGCAAUCUCUCCGAGUGGCAGAAGGAGCUGUACAAGAACGUGAUGCGUGGCAACUACGAAUCCUUGGUGUCGAUGGACUAUGCAAUUUCCAAGCCGGACCUCAUGUCUCAGAUGGAGCGAGGGGAGAGGCCAGGGCCCGGGCAAGAGCCGGAAGACAGUGAGAUGCCAACGGACCCCAGCGCCGCCCACGAUGGGAUCGUCAUCAAAAUCGAAGUCCAAGCCAACGACGAAGGGCCGGAGACGGCGGCCUCGCCCGAGCCGCUGGCGGGCCAGGUGGAGGAUCACGGCUUCCAGGACGUGGACCCCGGGGCCUGCUGCGAGGAGCCCCCCGCCAUGGACUUGCCCCCCGAGGCCUCACCGCACAACGGCCGGGAAUUUGACCUCAAGCAGAUGUUGGCUCACCAGAGAAACUGCAUAGCUGAGGGGAUCGUGAUCAAGACCGAGGAGCAGGACGAGGAGGAGGAGGAGGAGGAGGAGGAGGAGGAGGAAGAAGAAGAGGAGGACGAAGAAGAGGAAGAGGAGGAGGAGGAGGAAGAGGAGGAGGUGGUGGUGGCGCCGAACCGGCUGCAGCUCCGGGGAGCCCUGUCGGGGAGGUUGGAGGCCCCCGUCCCCCGGGGACCCCCGCAGGGACUGAGGCCCCCCACCGGGCGGGGCGGCCCCCCGCCGCCGCCCCCGCCGCCGCGGCCGGGGAGCCCUCCGGGCAAGAGGCCGGGGCCCCCCGCCCCCGGGGACAGGGACCCGAGCGAGGGCCGGCCCGCGGGGGGCCACCAGCGGAACCGGCGUGGCGAGCGGCCCUUCACCUGCGUCGAGUGCGGCAAGAGCUUCCGCCUCAAGAUCAACCUGAUCAUCCACCAGCGGAACCACAUCAAGGAGGGGCCCUACGGUUGUCCCGAGUGCGAGGCCAGCUUCCGCCACAAGCAGCAGCUCACCCUCCACCAACGUGUCCACCGGGCGCGGGGCGGGGGCGGGCCGCCCCCGCCCGAGCCGGCCUUCGGCCCCAAGCGCUCACUCAAGGCCCGGCCCAAGAGCCCCGGGGGCGGGGCGGGCGGCCCCAAGCCCUACAAGUGCCCCGAGUGCGAGAGCAGCUUCAGCCACAAGUCGAGCCUGAGCAAGCACCAGAUCACGCACACGGGCGAGCGGCCCUACACCUGCCCGGAGUGCAAGAAGAGCUUCCGCCUGCAGAUCAGCCUGGUCAUCCACCAGCGGGCACACGCGGGCAAGCACGAGGUCUCCUUCAUCUGCAGCCUGUGCGGCAAGAGCUUCAGCCGCCCCUCGCACCUGCUGCGUCACCAGCGGACCCACACCGGCGAGCGGCCCUUCAAGUGCCCCGAGUGCGAGAAGAGCUUCAGCGAGAAGUCCAAGCUGACCAACCACUGCCGCGUCCACUCGCGGGAGCGGCCCCACGCCUGCCCCGAGUGCGGCAAGAGCUUCAUCCGUAAGCACCACCUGCUAGAGCACCGGCGCAUCCACACGGGCGAGCGGCCCUACCACUGCGCCGAGUGCGGGAAGCGCUUCACCCAGAAGCAUCACCUGCUGGAGCACCAGCGCGCCCACACGGGCGAGCGGCCCUACCCCUGCACCCACUGCGCUAAGUGCUUCCGUUACAAACAGUCGCUCAAGUACCACCUGAGGACUCACGCCGGGGAGUGAGGGGGACGCGCCCCCUCCGCCCCUCACCUCCCCGCCCGCCCCCGUCGGCGGGAGAUGGGGACCACCCCUGCUCCUCUCCUGCGCCCCUUCCGCCGCCCUGGGAGAGAGCCAGGCUCUGCCUCUCGGGGGGUGGCCGGGAGAGGACACCCCUUUUCCGCAGCUUCCGCGCCCCCCCCGGGAAGGAACGUGGUGGGGGGGGUGGAGAGGGCGAGACCGGACGUCUUCUGACUGCCCCCCGCCUCACCCUGGGGACUCCCGUGGGCCUGGGAGGAUCCCCCCCUCCCACCCCCUACUGCUCAGGCUUGUUGAUUUCCUUGACAAUAAAAUGGAUGAAAUGAAUCAGCACGGGGGGAGUGAUUUGGCUGUCAGACUCUGGACCCCAGCCAGAGCCCGGCCCGGGGCGAUUUAGCUGGGGAUAGAACUUUAUAAUUACCUUUUGGAUACUCUGGUUCUAUUUGAUAAUAAUAGAAUAAUUUUUAAAAGA